AUGAGCCGAGCGCCAUUGACAGAAACAUGGAAGCCACAAGGCAGUUAUGCCAGAGUCAACAUUUCCGAACUUCAGCCAGGACGAGGCAAGGUCCGAUUCAUGGGGAGAAUUGUCAAUAUAUGCCCGGCCAAGCCUGACCAUCAGCCCAGAGCCCUUUCCUCUCUUCCCUCUGGAUUCCAUUUCAUGGUGGUUAAAGACGAUACUGGAGUAGUUGCCAUAAAACUUCUCGGCACGCAAUCCGACCUUAUCAACCUCCACCUCGGGAACCUGGUCACAGUAUGGACCGGCUUUGUGGCCGAAUACUCAACGGCAGCUACUAUCCAAGUCCCUUUCGUGUCGAUGAUUAUUCCUGUUCACCCAGGCCCGGCUUCGCAAUCAUGCAUCAAGUUCCACCAAAAUGGAAUGAACCCAGAGGAGACGGGUCUGUGUCGAAUCCCUCUGGAAUAUAACACUAGUUCUGCGUCCUCUCAGAUGCCGGGACUGAUAAGCCUCAGAGCCUUCAUGAAAGGCACUCAUACCAAGGGGAAGCACGAGGAUGAUAUCCUGACAAAUAUCCUUGUCUGUGUCUCAAGCAUUGGCCCUCGCAAGACCAUCAAGGCCAACAAUAAACCAAGCACUCUGGAACUGGUCGAGGUUCAUGUCUGUGAUGAAACAGAUCAUUGUGUUCUCAAACUUUGGAGUGACCAGAUUGUCUCGGCACGCGAAUGGACCGCUGGACAGACCAUCCUACUAAUUACCAAUCCAAAACUCUACCCUCGAAAGAAGGGCAACGAAAACCCAGGACUGGGGGUUGCCCUGAACUCGAUAGUGGAUGUGGACCCCGACUUUCCAGAUGCUCAUUGGCUUCGACGAAUGGCUGAAGCUCAAAGAAAGAGAGAGCGGGCACACACGCCGUUCCCCGUUGGUGUAUGGGAUGUCGAACAAGCUAUCAACGGCCCGAACAGGGUACUCUAUACCUUGGCAGACGUGGAUGAGAGGGUUAGAGAGGACGCCAGCGUUGUGUUUACCGGGAAACUCAACGUCCUCAUCCUUGGUGUCAGUAUCUGCGAGAGCCAGAGACAGAACAGACUUUGUUGUUUCGAAUGUUGCAACUUUCCACUUUACUCCAACCAGUCCUCCGCGACGUGCAAGAACUGCCACAAAGACUGCGAACUGACCAUUAACCCCCGUGUAAUCGGACCUGUCGCGGACGAAACAGGAUGCGUCACCCCGUGCAAGUUGGUCUGGAGCGACAGAGCAUGGUCUGAGUUGCUCAGAGGUGGUCGUCGCAUCUGUUUUGACGGCGAGCAUGGAACAGCGACUGAAUCAUUGCCGAAUAACGAUGUCUCUGACCUUGCUACUUCACAUGAAGACAAUCACGAUGCUUACUAUGCUGUGCCUCAAUCUCAUCAACAUGUCUGGAAGGACCUGAUCAAAGUCGACCCAUUGGAACUUAGAGAUUUGGAAGAACGGCUGUUGUACUCCCGUGUUACCUUGACGUUUGGGUGGUCUGCGGGGGUCAAGCGGCUCUGUGUGUUGGGCGUGGAAUGGUGA